AUGCGCCUUCAGAAAUGGUACAGUUCUUAUUCGGAUAAGCAAAAGAAGAAGAUCCUGCGUGAGAUCACAUCGCUCAUAUUUGCCAGAAAACCCAAAAUGUGUUCAUUUUUGGAAUGGCAAGAUAUGAAAAUAGUGUAUCGCAGAUAUGCAAGUUUGUACUUUGCUUGCGCUAUCGACACCACCGACAACGAACUCAUCACGCUGGAAAUAAUACACCGUUAUGUGGAAAUCCUGGAUAAGUACUUUGGGAACGUGUGUGAACUAGACAUUAUUUUCCAUUUUGAGAAGGCAUAUUUCGUACUAGAUGAGUAUCUCCUGGCCGGAGAAGUACAAGAGACUGGAACACGAGAGAUUCUCCAGGUGAUUGAUGCUCAGGACAUCAUACAAGAGGUGGGUCAUUUAGUUUUUGGUAUCACAUUCUAUCCUUCUUCUGUUAUGCAGGAUGAAGUACCACAGAAACUGUUUGAAGAUCAAAGUCUGAAUUGA